AAGAUAUUGAUUAUAGCUUAAUGGUGUAUAUAGUAUAGACAAUAAUGAAGUCUUGGACUUACUUUUCAUUAUUUGUUAAAGUAUAUUAUUAUUUUUUUUUCAUCUCACUGCCACUUCCCUAAAAAUAAAAAAGUAGCUCCUCCUCCUCCUCCUCUUCCAAAUUUUAAUUUCCGGAGAAUUAUUAUUCACACAAUAAAUUAAGAAAUAAGCAUAGAAUAAAGCCUCUCUCUUUGAACGAAGUCGUAUCAGCAAAAUGGUCAAGCGUACUAAGAAGGUUGGAAUCACUGGUAAAUACGGUACCCGUUAUGGUGCUUCUCUUAGAAAGACCGUAAAGAAGAUGGAAAUCACUCAACACUCUACCUACACUUGUACUUUCUGUGGUAAGGAUGCUGUUAAGCGUUCUGCUGUUGGUAUUUGGAAGUGUAAGGGUUGCAAGAAGAUCAUGGCUGGUGGUGCUUACACCGUUUCUACCACUGCUGCUGCCACUGUUCGUUCUACUGUUCGUCGUCUUCGUGAAUUGGCCGAGAUCUAA